CAUGAUGGCUGGCUGUCAGAGCGAAAAAGAAAUGAACACGCGGCAAAGCGCUCUUUUGACUAGAUUGAGAUCCUACAUGUCGCUAAGGCAAGUGAUCACUUCCACACUGGUUAUGGCAUAGAGUGGGUGUGUGAAGACCCGGCAUUUUGGAACUCACGGCCUUGCCGCGACGAAUGUAGAGAGGUGGAAGAUAUAAGGGUUGGCCUGACCCCGCGAGCGCAUGAGAGCUCUUGGAAAAGAACACAGCAUGUCGGCCGCCCCACCCGACGAAACAGCUCCUCAGGGAAACCUGGAAUCCGUACUGCAUCUCGAUGUUGAUACGGCGAGUAAUAGUGACAGCGACUCGGCGUUCGGCAGCGAGUCGACGGCAUCAACGUCUAUUGCGUCGACAAUUCUGAAUUACGAAUACUCCAAUGGGCGACGCUACCACGGCUAUCGCUCGGGUGCUUACAUCCUACCGAACGACGAACAGGAGCAGGAUCGCCUCGACUUGCUACACCACAUAUUUCUGCUUAUCCUAGGCGGCAAACUCUACGAUGCGCCUAUUCCACCCGCUCCCCAGCGUGUCCUUGACAUUGGUACCGGCACUGGCAUUUGGGCCAUAGACUUUGCCGACGAGCACCCAGGCGCUCAGGUCAUAGGCACCGAUCUCAGUCCCAUCCAGCCGACAUGGGUACCGCCCAACGUCAAGUUUUACAUUGACGAUGCCGAAUCCGAAUGGGUCUACAGUCCCGACGAGGCCUUUGACUUUAUCCACUGCCGUACCAUGUCUGGUAGCAUCGCCGAUUGGGACAAGCUCGUCCAGCAGACGUUUACACACACCAAGCCCGGCGGUUAUGUAGAAUUUCAGGAACCGCUCGCGCUGUGUGAAUGCGACGACGGGACUAUAGACUUGGCAGUCGACAUGUUGAAGUGGCAGGACCUGUGUCUCGAUGCCGCUAAAAAGUUCGGCAGGGACAUCCGCGCAGGGCAUACCCUGAAGCAGAGGAUGACGGAUGCGGGGUUCGUCGACGUACACGAAAAGCUUAUCAAGGUCCCUAUUGGACCCUGGGCCAAGGACGCGAAGUUCAAGGAGAUCGGCCGCUACCAACGCGAGCACAUGUCUAUGGGCAUAGAACCCUACACAUUCGGCCUCUUGGGCAAGGUCAUGGGCUGGACUGAAUCCGAGUGCCGGGUUAUGAUUGCCAAAGUGGUUGCGGAUAUCAGGAGAAGGGAUGUACACAUGUAUAUUCCAUUCUACUUUAUACACGGACGGAAGCCGGAGUAGGACGUACAUGACAUAUAUCUAUAUAACACCAACCAACUACAUUCGCCGUUUGACCCGCGUGAGAGCCCUCUCAACGACAGUUCUGCCUAGCUGUGGUAUACUCCGU